UUGGUGCCACUGAUAUUUAUUGUGGAUGAAUAUUACUAGACCAGCUGUGAGGAAUAAUCCACAAAGACAAUCACAAUGGGAAGCUGGAACUCACCUGGAAAUGCUGGCUCCAAUGAACUUAAGAUCUUGCUGGUUGGUCCAAGACGGACGGGCAAAAGCUCUUUUGGCAACACCCUGCUGGGCCAAGGGCAGGUCUUUGAAACCAGAGGGGGUGGGGCCAGCACGGCUGCCAGUGGCAUCAUCGCUGGACGUCACAUCACUGUGGUGGAUGCACAGGGUUGGGGGUCAUCUGAGGACUCAGUGCCCAAACAGGAGAAAAUUGAACUCCUCAGAGCCUUGGAUCUGUGUGGACCUGGAGGACCCCAUGUUAUUUUGUUAGUAAUCCCUCUAUUGGAUUUCACAGAGCCAGAGAGGAGGGCACUUGAAAGGAGAAUGGAGAUUUUGACCUCUUGGGUCUGGAGACACACUAUGGUGCUGUUCACCUUUGGGGACUGGCUGAAGGGAAGGGGGCGGAGCUUGGAGCAGCACAUCCAAUCAGCAGGCCCCGCCCUGCAAUGGCUGAUGGAGAAGUGUCGCAACAAAUACUAUGUGGUGGAUAACAAGAUGGCUGUAACAGCCAAGAAAGAGCGAGCAAAGGAGACAAAGGAAAGUGAGAAGAAAGAAAAAUGGGCUUGGAAAAGGACAGAAGUAGAGAAGGGGGCAGAGAGGAGGAAUGGAGGUGAGGCAGAUGGUAAGAAGGAAGGAUGUGAGGAGCAGGUGAAAGAGUUGAUCAGCAAGGUGGAGGAUAUGCUGCUGGAGAAUGGGUUAUGGCACUUCUCCCUUCACAUGUACCGCAGACUAGAGGAGGAAUGCAGCCGCAGAGAGCAGGAGCUGAGGGCUCGGAUGGAGGCUGAGAGAGAUGAGGAGAAGGUGAGGAAGACGGAAGGAGAGGAGGAGGAUAGCCUGAGGAAAGAGGAAGAGAAGGAGGAGGGAGGGAAGGAGAAAAUGCUGAAAGAGAGUUUGGAGAGAUGGAUAAAUCUGGAUCGAGGAAGAGAAGAGAGUCAAGGCAGAGAUUAGGUGAAGAAAAAGAUAAUGAAGAGGAAGAGUGGGAUACAGGAUCUGAAAGUGGAGGAGAGGGGGAGGAAGGUGGGAGUGUAAUGGCACAAGGAGGAAAACACUGAAGUCUGGAAUGAUGAUUCUGUAUGGACCAAUUGGACGUCAAAGGUUAGCCAUUAGUCCAAUCUGACUGCAAUCGCUCAUUUAAGUCCAAUCAGCCAGCUUGCUGUGGCUAACCCUGCCAGGAGAGACUCUACACCAGAGACUCUUGAGUAUUUUCAGACCCCAAUGGGAAAUUUAUUCUUUCAUGCCGGGACAUAAUCUCAUUAAAAAUGCCACUUGUUAUGUGGUCAUGUCCUACCAGCAAUAACCAUGACCGAUUUUGUAUCUUCAUCCAUAGUUUCAGGAAUUGUCAUAACACUGUCACAUAAAACUGUGUGCAGCCUCUUGUGCGUACUGUACAAGUUCUUGUAAACAUGUAUAAAUGACCUCCUUUGGCAGUACUAAUAAACAAU